AUGGAUGCAAAUUUAAUUAAUAUAUUUUACACCGAUAAAGACUGGAUUGUAACAACGAACCAAAAUGGUAAAACGAAAAUCACCGCACGAAAUGAGAACGAAUUGCACGAGGAAACGAAGAACUUCAUCGAAAUCGAGGAUAAAAAACCUGAGACAACACGUGAAAAUUAUGUUUUCAUGAAAACUAAAAUCGCAAGAUUGUUUAUAAGUGAUAUACACUGUGCAGUGAAAUCGGACGAUUAUUUUAAGUUCAAAAAUGUGUUGUUUGCUGGGUUGGAAUUAUUUGGAACUGUAACAUCAGCUUAUGUGCAUGGUGAUUAUAACUGUGUUGUUUUAGAUGAUGGGACCAGUAAUAUUAUUUGUUUAUUUAAAAAAUAUAUUGCUGAUGAAGCUAAAAUUCACUGUGAUAAAAAGUUACAAAAUUUCUACAGUGCUUUAAAAAAUGAUAAUACAGAUAGUUUAAUUUUGAAGGUUGCUAUUAUGAUGAAAAAAAAUACUAGGGAUGUUCUAAGUAAGGUACCGAGAUUAACUGAGAUAAAUAUAGGGGAUACAGUAAGAAUAGUCGGGAAAUUAAGUGAGUAUAAUAACAAAAAGUAUGUUUUUAUCAAUAGGUUUAAUUUAGACAAUAGUAAUCAAGGUUUGGAGGAUAAUUUAAAGCAAUUGUUAGAUUUAAAAUACAGGUUACACAAGAUACAGGCUAUUGUAUCAGAUGUACCCCCGCCAGGAGUAUCAAUUUUAAAGCCUCUCAUGGGGGUAGACCCAAACUUAUCUUCAAAUUUAGAAACUUUUUUUACUAUGAAUUAUCCCAGUUAUGAGCUAUUAUUUAGUGUAGAAGACAAAAAAGACCCGGCAAUAGAAAUAGUAAAUACACUUAAGGAGAAAUAUCCCAAAGUCGAUGCCACUAUAUAUACAGGGGGAUCAACUGUCGGAGUCAAUCCAAAAAUUAACAAUAUUAACACUGCUUACGAAGCAAGCAACUAUGAUUUAAUUCUCAUAUCAGAUAGUGGGAUUAGAAUGAAAGAAGAUACCUUAUUAGAUAUGGUAAAUCAUUUAUCAGACAGAACAGGAAUAGUGCACCAAAUGCCAUUCACAUGUGAUAGAAACGGCUUUGCUGCAACUUUAGAAAAAAUAUAUUUUGGAACGGCACAAUCUAGAAUAUACUUGGCAGCGGACUUGUUGGGGACAAAUUGUCACACAGGCAUGUCGACGUUAAUGAGAAAGCAAGUUCUCGAGCAGCAAGGCGGGCUGAAAAAAUUCGGCUGCUAUUUAGCCGAGGAUUAUUUUAUAGCCCAGUGUUUCCUGGACAAUGGCUGGAGAUUGGCGAUAUCCAGUCAUCCAGCGUUACAAAAUUCCGGUACGUGCGAUGUGCACAGUUUUCAAGAAAGGCUUCUACGGUGGGCCAAGCUGAGGGUAGCAAUGGUGCCUUUGCUAAUUUUGCUGGAGCCACUGUCGGAGUGCAUGGUUAUCGGGUUUUUUGCCGCGUGGUCGACUUCAUAUCUGUUCAAAUUUGAACCUCUAGUGUUCUAUUUGGUGCACAUUUUGCUGUGGUUUAUGUGCGAUUGGAUUUUGUUAUCUAUUGUGCAGAAUGGUUCUUUGCCUUUCAACAAGUUUGACUUUAUCAUUGGUUGGCUUUUUCGCGAGUGUUCCGGCCCUUAUUUGUUUUUGUUAGCCUUUAUGAAUCCAGCAAUAAGAUGGCGCAAUAGAAUGUUUAAAUUGGCUUGGGGUGGACUAGCCCAAGAAAUUAACCCCCGAAUAAAAUGCUAAAAGGGUUCAAAUGUUUUCCACUGUCGCACCAAUUUCCCUCCUUACUUCGUUUUAUUUUUAAAUAUACUUGUACAUAUACUUUUAAGUUUUUUGUGUAUUAGACUUUACAUCACAAAACUAUCACGAAUUUUAUCAUCAUUUUUUUUACAAAAAUUAAAUAAAGAAACCAAAUUUAAUUUAAAUAUAAUUAA